CAUAUUAGGUUAUUAUAAUAUUCAUCUAAAUAUGGAAACCGUUUCUUUAAACCCAAUAUGCUGUAUGAGAACCUGUUUUAAAACUAAAAAUGGUACACCAAGACAGCCUUCUAUAUCUUCUAGCACGAGGGGCCAGCUUACAAUCGAUAAAUCUAUUUUUACUAAUCCUGAACAUAGUCUUGACGGAUUAGAGGAAUUUGCCUAUGUAUGGGUGCUUUUUUCUUUUCAUUUGAAUCAAAACAAGGGCGUUAAAGCGAAAGUGAGACCGCCAAGACUUGAUGGUGCCAAACGUGGUGUGUUUGCUACAAGAAGUCCACACAGGCCAAACCCAAUAGGGUUGACACUAGCAAAGCUUGAAAAGGUAAAUGGUUCUACAUUGACUUUAUCAGGGUUGGACAUUGUAGAUGGAACACCAAUAUUGGACAUUAAGCCUUACAUAAAACAAUACGACUUUCCAUCUGAAACUGACAGUGAAACUGAGUCUGAUAAUAGUAAUGUUGAAACUUGUGUGAAGUCUGACCAAGCAACAAGAAAGCGGGAUAACACUGAAAAAGUGGAGAGCUCCGAAUCCAAUGAACCAAGUUCGAUGAAAAGUACACUACCUGAUCUUAUCGUUGUAUUCACAUGCAGAGCAGAGGCUGACCUUUCGAUAUAUAGCAAAGGAAAUAAACUUGAUGUAACUUCUGAAUAUAGGUUGGAGCAUAUUAGCAAUGCAGAAGAUCUGAGAUCGUCAAUAGAGGAUAUUUUGAAAGCAGAUCCCAGAUCAACCUAUCGCAGAAAUAAGUGCUGUGAUAGAUUAUAUUAUUUUCUGAUUGAUAACUGUCAUGUGACUGCUUGGUUCGACUACUCUACAUUUCCAAACACUGCUGAAGUUUUGCGGGUGAAACCAGAGAGUAAGAUCGUGUCAAGUUCAUAGAACAACAUUGUUACAAAAAAUAUACAACAGAAAACUAUUCAUGUAUGAAGUACAUUUCGAUGUCGAUCUGUACAAUGUAAGAUCUUCCACCCUACUGUGUAUGUAAUUCAAGAGUCCAACUAUCACAAAUGCAUUUCUGUGGAGAUUCCGUCUGGCCAAAGUCAGGCCUCCUCUCCAUUGUCAUGCAAAAUAUAUCAAAUAUGUUUUAAAUCGGGGCUUGUCAAACUGGAGCUCCCGAGCCCUCUGUGUGGGUCGCGAGAACGCGCAACGGGGUUAGCGGUAAAAUCUUUUUCGACACUGACUUGGAAGAAUUGGAACCAGUACUGAGACUCGCCAUUACUGAAAUAGAGCCGAUAUGCGCUCUUUUGUGCGAGAAUAUGCAAGCUCAUUGGGAUUGUGGCUUUUGUUAUUUUCUGUAUUAACAGAUUUUAAAUACUCAAGGCCGCGAAAAAAUUCGAGUGCGUUUCGAUGAUCGAAGUUUUAAUAACACUGUUCUGAAUAAUCAAUCAAAAUUAGUGUA